AUGUCCAACAACAAGAACCUUUUUGCCCUAUUGGGUAACGACGUCGAGGAUGAAACUGAGAUUCUGGUGACCAAGGAACUCGUCAAGAAGAACACCUCUUCCAAGAAGGCUGAUGUUCCUCCUCCUUCUGCCAACAAGGACCGUGCUAGAAAAAACCGUCCUCAGCCUACCGGAAACGAGGCUGCCAUUAGAGAGAAGAACACCAACAGAAUUGUAGAGCCACCUGUGCCAGCUAAGCAACGUUCUUCCAAGCCACGUAACGACCGUCAAGACAGAACCGGAAAGUCUGACACCGCAAAGAAGAUCAAGAAGGGUUGGGGAGAUGACAACCAGGAGUUGGAGAGUGAGUUGGCUGGUGCCGCUGAUGCCGAGGCUGAGGCUGAAGAAGGUGAGCCACAAGUCUCUACCAAGCCUGUCAAGUCAUAUGCCGAUUACUUUGCCGAGUUGAAGCUUUCUGCUGAUGCCUUGAAGGCCACUUCCAAGCGUACUGCUAACGCCGGUGCUGAAGACAAAUGGGGAUCUGGUGAGGUUAUCGUCAAGGAGGCCAAGCCCCAAGGCGACUCUGCUGCUUCUAAGAAGAGCUCCAGAAAGAAGGAGAAGAACCUUCUUGACUUUGAGGCUACUUUCGCCGAUGCUCAACCAGAGCCAAGAGGAAGAGACUCUUCCAACAGAGGCCGUGGUGGUGCCCGUGGUGGUGCUCGUGGCGGAGCUCGUGGUGGUGCCCGUGGAAACACCAGAGGAAACGCUCGUGGAGGUGCUCGUGGUGGUGCCCGUGGAGGUGCCAAUGCUGCCCCAGCCAAGAAAGAAAUCAACUUUGAUGAAAAGUUCCCUGCUCUCUGA